UUUACAAAUACUAAAACUAAGUUUUAUUUUUGAAAUUAUUAAUAAAAAUGCUUGGACCUGUGGUAAAUGAACAUGAAGAAUUCGAUAUUUCCGAUGAUGAAUCGAAUCUAAGUUCUUACUUAUUUAAUCAAAAAUCUUUGAUAGAUGCUUUGAAAAUACCAUCUGAUAAAGAUUUAUUAAAACUACGUAUAUGGGACAUAUAUCUAGAUGAUUCUGAAGAAGCUCAAAAACUUAUUUAUGCUACAAAUUUAUUUGAUCUUCCUGAACAGAGUGCCAUCGAAGAAGAUUGUCGACGAAUAAUUGAUGCACUUCAAAUUGAAGAAGAAGAUCAAGAAUCAGUUCUUUUAAACUUAAAAGUGAUUAUUACAAUUUAUUGUAAAAGUGAAGGGCUAAAAUAUAAACCUGAUAAUGGAUGGAUAGAGCUAUUAGGAGUAUUGAUACUAAAAGGUUUUUCACGAUUUGAAACAUAUAAUUUAUUUAAAAACAUGAGAGAUAUUUAUGUACCAAAUAUUGAGGCACAUGGAUAUUUACUGCGUCUUCUACUUCUCUAUCAUAAUCCCGAGCUUUGUUUAUUCUUCGAUCGAAACAACGUUUGUCUCAUUAAUUCUACUCACGUGUGGACAAAUACAUUAUUUGCUGGCGUCUGUAACAUACCAGUAGCAACUUUAAUUUGGGAUUAUAUAUAUAAUUUCGAGGAUACCUUUUUUAUUUCUUUUUUAUGUCUAGCGAUGAUUAUCACAUUCAGUGAAGAAAAUAAAAUAAUGCAUGUCCAAAGCAAACAAAAAAAAAUAGAAACAGACAUUGAAGCGUUUCCUAGCUCAAUAGAUGAAAAACAGAUAAUGGAAUUUUUAAAAUUGGCAGCAUCAUAUGAACUUAGAACACCUUCGUUCUUUAAACAAAAAUAUUAUCCAUUCAUUUUUGGAAAGCGUCAAGAUCUAGAUAAUGAACUUACUGAUUUAUGUUUACCUGUAUCAGCACAAGAAGUGAUGAGAAAUGUAUUUGUAACUUCUCCAGUUGAUGAACCAAAAGCUAUCAAAUUUUUUGUUGCUGACUGUAGACCUUUAGAACAAUUUAAUAAUGGUCAUCUACCUGUUGGAUAUUUUAUAGAUUGUGAUUCAAUCUUUGAGUUAGAUGCUCCUGAUUACGUAAAUAUAUUAAAAAAAUCACAGAAAUUUAAGGAUAUGUUUAAAUCAAAUGAAGAAGAUUAUCCACUUUCUAAGCACGUUACAAUAAUGGGAAAUGGAUUUUUAGAAGAUAAUGAAUGUGUUCAAGUUAUUAUUAAGGAUCUCCUUCAGAGUUAUAUUCCUUAUGUUAGUAUUAUCAUUGGAGGUUACCAAGCAGUUCAUAAUUAUUUUAGAGAACAUGUUGGUCAGUAUCUUAUUGAUCAUAAUAAUCGAUCGUGCUUAGCUUGUAUAUUAAAUACAUCGAUGGAAGAGGAGAAAGAUCAGCUUGUAGAAUUGAUGGAAACUGAAAAAGAAGAAGAACCACUUGGAUUAUCUAAUAGAAUAAGGACUAAUCUUACUCAAAGAGGAAGAGAAGUCAAUGAAAAAAUAAUGCGAUGGAUUAGAAUUAAUCCCCAUUUACAUAAAAGUCUCGACAGUGAAAAAUUUGAAACAGUUUCCAUUACUGAUUGGGUAAAAAAUCCGAAUGUUGUAAAAUUAGUGGAAUGUAAAGAAAUAACUAAAAACAAUACUUACAAAAGUUUGCUUAUUAUUACUGAUUGUCAGCUACUUCUAAUCCGUGAGAAGAGAGCUUUCAAGAAAGAAGGAAAAUUAAUUGUUCAAUGUCCUAUAAUGAGCAUCGGAAGAAUUUCUGCAAGUAAAAAAAAUAGCAAUAUUGUAACUUUCAAGCUUGACAAAACAAAUGUUGAUGUAACUGCUCCUUCAGACAGUUUUAAACUUUAUAUUCCUGGUUCCCAAGAAGUUGUUAAAGUAAUUAGGGAGAUAAUUACAUCGAAAUGGUAGAUUGAUCAGAAUGAUUCAAUUCCUAUUUCAGUUAAUAUUAAUAUAGUUUAAUAUUCAUAAUUUUUUAAUUAAGAAUUGAUUGA